AUGGGACCCUUUGUUUUGUAUUCAAAGCGGCGCCAGACAAUACCCAUAAUCUGGUAUCAAUCGCUUUUGACAUGGCUCCGCCGUGGUCCGACCCUCAUAUUGAGAUCGCAAGGCGGUGCGGGUGUCGACGGAGGAGAUAACCUCCCAGAGGGGCACGCCAAGACAGCUGACAAGUUGAUCGGCAAGACCCAGAAGGUUGCGGGCAAGAUGAUGCGCAAGCCUGCCCUCCACGAGAAGGGAGAACUUCGCGAAGCUGGUGGGAAGGAUGCUGCCGCAGGUCGCGCGCGUGUACCCCUCGACUAGAGCGAAUCAUCGUAGUAUAUCAUGUGUAUUAUAGAUACCACGCGCAAUGCGUGACCAUACCACCCUUUUUUCUGGAGAUGGACAGCGAGUGGAUCCAUGAGAAAAUAAUGAACACGAGCUAGAAGUAAACCGCAAUAAGUAGAGUAAUACGCAAGGCUAAGCACAGAAGCAGUGUACGAGCCAGGUAUAGUAAAGUCCAGAGGUGCUAGCGAAGGAAGUACGGGGUACAAGCUGAGUCAAGAGAGGCAAGCAGCUCAAUAUUGUCAGGAAAUUAUAUCGACGUAGCGAGAGCUUGAAUGGGCAAUCUGGGUGCAGAGGGUAUGGGCAGACGCACAGGGCGGUCUGGAGCCUAUGCAGAUGCAAGCUGGGUGCCUUCUGGUGCUUGCAAACGAGCCAGUGCAGCGCGUAGCAAUUCGUCCUUUUCGUUCUGCGUCUUGAGUAGUAGAUAAUCAAAGCGCUCAAGAGCACUCAGCACCACAGUUGAAUCGUCGAUGGCGUAUUCUGAUGGCGACGAGAGGACGUCAUUCAUAGAGAUGGAGGUCUCCGCGCAAGCAUAUCGAAGGUCGAGUUUGCUGGACCGGCUGAAUCGAUUGAGGACGACGCCGUCGAGCACGGCAUUGAGGAGCCAGCGGAAACCAACGGUAGUCUCCUGUACCUCAAAUCUGAUCUCAACCGGAGGAACGUUGUCGAGCUCGUGUAGGGCAUCUUCGAAGGAGGUGAUGUCAAAUCCUGCGGGGAAUUCAUGCCCGCCAGAGCUACCCAACAACCGAAUAUGUAUGAAUGUAACGUUGCGGGU